AUGGCUAGAAAAUUUGAUUGGAUCAAAGAAAUAGAUGAGAAGAAAGAGACUUUGAAGCUUGUUGUGAGAGUAAAGGAUUUGUGGUUUGUUCAAAACUGGGAUAUGAAUCGUCAUAUGGAGUUGAUUCUUUUGGAUCAGAAGGGGGAUAUGAUUCCUACAAUGGUAAAAAAGGAAGAUAUAGGUUUGUGGGAAGAAAAGUUGGUUGAGGGUCAUACCUACAUAAUGCAUAAUUUUAAAAUCAUGAAGAACCAAGGACAAUUUCGGAAAUUUAAUGAUUUUGUUUUCAUGGUAAUAUUGGUUUUAUAUAUUAUUGGAGUGGUGGAUAAUGUGAGGUGUAAUCCCCAGUCCAAGAAUGUUGUGUUUCAUAUAAGGGAUUUAAGUUCUGCUGUUAUUGGGUGUACGUUGUGGGAUUCCUAUUACUUUAAAUUUAUGAGUAAUUGGAGGGGAGAACCAGAUUCCUUUAUUAUUGUUGUUAUGUUGACUCAAGCUAAGAUCAAGCCGUCUUCAGGACAGUGGCCAGUGUCAAUAUCAAAUUCCUGGAAUGGUUCAAAGUUGCUUAUGGGUGAUGAAUGUUCUGAAUUGGUCAGGUUCAAGGAGCAAUGGAUACAAUAUACAUUUCUUGAAUUACUUAGUUCUUAG